GAAACUAAAAACUCUGCAAACAAAUGACUGAAGUCGAUGGUAUCAUGCCGGAGGCAACCACGCAACCCGUUUCCUCAACUCUCACCAUAACUGAGGAUCACUCAGCGCCUACAAGUUACACCGAAGGUAGUGCUUCGGCAAUCAUCCCCAACGACGGGCAGCAAUUAAAAGAUCAGCAGAAUGGUGUAAACAAAAUUAUUAAAAGUCGAGUUUCAGACGUCGACUGUCAUAACGAACAAAUGGACGUUGAUUGCGCCGACACCGAGGAAGAUGAUUCUCAAAUGACGGCCUCAUCCACUACAGAAAACGGACUUGGUGGUGGUGAAGACAGCAAGAUAACAGCUUGCGCGAAUGAUGGCCCUAAACAAUCCAGUAAUGAUACGAAAGCCGAUGCGUCCACCCCAGCAACUGUUCCCAUUAUUGCAACUGUGAAACAAAGUUCAACAACUAUAUCCAAUGACGAAUUACAAAACUCCAAUACAUGCACGGACAAAUCAGCUGGCGGCGAAAGUGACGCAGAUGUAGACGACACGCAGCGCUCGCGAAGCACUUUGGGAGAAGCAAGUGAUCCUAAAGACAACAGUAAUGCUCCGAGCGAAAACGUAGAAAGGCCAGCCACAGUUAGCAGCAACACCGAUAGCGUCAGUGAAGUAGAGGGCGCCGAUACCACCAGUCAGGAUGAGAAGGAAGUCAAGUGUCAGGAACUCCAAGCAAAUUCCACAAAAGGAGAGAAUGAUGACAGCAGGAGCGGUGAAUGUCAUGAAGCAAUGGAUAUUUCGGGGGAUCCACUUGCGAUCAGCAAUGAGAUAAAGUCGAAAUCUCAAAAGAAAGAAAACGGUAUUUCAAAGAGUGACGCUAGUGGCUUUGUUGAUCUAGGAGACGACUCGGACGAUGAAGUGAUAACAGUUCCUAAAGGGACUACCGCUGAUACAACACUGAACAUCUCUGAAAACAGUACCGCAACGCCGAAGGCUAGUUCAGUACGUAAAACGCGAUCGAUCUGUAGUGACUCGGAUGGUGCCGUAGUUAUUGCAUCGGAUUCAGAUACAGAAGCAAAUACAACGUCUACAAAACCGAAACCAUCUGAUGAAACACAAAUCAUAGAUGAUGAUGAAGAUGAUGAUUGUGUAGUAAUAGAAGACGACACACCGGCGCCAACGGUAAACGAUCUAAGUAAGCGCAAAAGUUUAGCCAUUGAUUCACCACAACACUCUGAUGAUUCACAGCCGCCAAGUAAGCGUCUGCGUAACGUGGGGUCGGGUACCAAUACCAAUCAAAUAUCGAUCAAAGAUGCAAGAUCACUCUUGGCUCAAGAUACAGCCGCCGCCACUGCAGCUGCUGUUGCCGCUGCUAAGAAAGUGGCUGAGAGUAAUGUAUAUCCUGUGAAUAUAACGCCAGCAGCUGGCGUUGUACUACCCAGCGGGCCACCAAAACUCAUACCCGUAAUACCAGUUGGCAUGCCAAUAGCGAGCUCCGCAAUCGCCAACACAUCAUUUUCAGGGCUCAAUGCCGCAAAUUUACUUCCAGGUCUCACUGACGAUAUGUUUGUUCUGGAGGCGCCUUCAUUUAUCGUUCCCUAUAUAUAUGAGAAACCGCCUGCAGACAAUCUCAAAAAUAUUGUUAAAAAUAUCGAAGACACAUAUAAAUUGACAAAAGAAGAUCUCGCCGAGGUCGAUAAAGAGGAUGAAUUUGACAUGAUCACAGAGCAAAAUAAGGAGGAUAAGGAAGAGAAAACUAGCAAAAAGAAGAAACGGAGACGUGGUGGUGACGAGCCUGAUGAAUCUUGGUCUGAGGAAUCGGAUGAAGAUGAUGACGAUGACGAUGAUGAUGAUUCGGAGUCCGGGCUGCGCACUAAAGUGUUAAUAAAGGAAGCCGGCGAUGAUUUUCCAGCACUGAAAGGCGCUAUUAAGCCAACAGCGGCACUUGUCCAAUCACCUAGUUCAUCAGCACAAAACGCCAGUGUGGCCUCCAAACUCGGGCAAGAUAAUUAUUUCGAAAGUCCAUUGGGUAAAUUUUUCAUGGACAUCGGUGUGGGCCAGGUGCAAGAGUUUGUUCAGUCCGAUUUGAUACGAUUGCAAAAACGUAAAAUGCGCAAAAGUCUUGGCAAAAACAUUACAGAAUUCGAACGUGCUAUAUCAGCACUAUCAGGCAACUUGGAGGCAUCUCGAAAGAAGAACACGCCAUUCAAAUUUACUAUGAAACGAUGUGAGUUUUGCAAUUUCAAGUCCGAGUCUGCACUUGCGAUGGCCAAUCACUACGAAACGCCACAUAUGAAUGGCCCCUUGUAUAAGUGUAACUUUUGUCCUUUCGAGAUUCGCAAUGCUACCGAAAUUGUUUAUCACAUGGAAGCGAUACAUAAUAUCAAAGCGCGUCUUAUCAAACCCUUGCCGUAUCAUCAGUGCCCGAACUGUGGCUUUGAAGACAACGGUAAAGCAAAAUUAGGCCGCCAUCAACCAGUUUGUGCGAAGAAAUUCCGGCCUGAAAUAAACUUGGCACCGCCUGCUGACUGGGAAGCUCCAGCGAAGAUACCACGAAUCAAGCCACGUCACGGACUUGUGGGCACUGCGACGGCAUAUCAGGCUAUGGCUGCUCAAGCUGCAGCACAAAAGGCAGCCCUUGCAUCUAUACAGCAACAGCAACAAGCAGCAGCACAAGCACGCAGCAUGCAAGCGGCUGCGAUGGCUGCCCAAAACGCAGCGAACAAAGCCCGCGGUCGCCCUACAACUAUCGCGUCACAAAAAGCUGGUUCUUUGUCAACUGGAGCAUUGCUUCGUGGGCCCGCACCUAUAAGAUCCCAAAUGGCUACUAAUGUGGUGCAACCCAAUAACUAUCAAGUACCAGGAGGGCAACUGUUGCAAGCAGCCAAUGCUUUUGCAAAAAAGACGCUUUCCGGUCAACCGAGUAUUUCAAUAACUCCACUACCUCGCCAAAACAAUGCACAGCCGGUUGUGUCAGCACCGUCGACAAGCAAAAUGCCCCCGGCUGGUAUGAAGCCUGGUCAAAAUCCAAUGGGUGCUGGUGGUGGUAAUAGCAAAGCACAGUUCGUCAUCUGUGAAAUAUGCGAUGGCUAUAUUAAGGAUCUUGAACAGCUACGCAACCACAUGCAAUGGAUGCACAAAGUGAAGAUACACCCAAAAAUGAUAUACAACCGACCGCCGUUGAAUUGUCAAAAAUGUCAAUUUCGAUUCUUUACCGACCAGGGUCUGGAACGGCACUUGUUGGGCUCUCAUGGUUUGGUCACAAGCUCGAUGCAGGAAGCCGCAAAUAAGGGAAAAGAUGCCGGCCGGUGUCCAGUUUGUGGCAGGAUGUAUCAAUGGAAGUUAUUGAAUCACGUGUCGCGCGAUCAUCAUAUGACAUUAAAACCUGCACAUUUGUCAUACAAAUGUACAGUGUGUACCGCCACUUUCGGUAUGUACAAACAAUUCGAGACACAUGUGUAUACGGCGCAUAGUACCGUCGCUAAGAAGGCUAUGGAUGGCAAGAAGAAUAGUGCAGCUGCUGCGGCGGCCGGUGGUAUGCCCAGCGGAAGUGGAAUGGGCAUUGGUGGUGGACUCAGUCAUCAGCAGCGUAGUAAUUUAAUGGCAGCGAAUGAUUCGCUAUUAAAACCGCUUAAAAUAAAUGAUGAGAUAACAAUUAUACCGCAGCCAGCGUCAAAGCCACGUAUUACGAACAUGGAAAGUCACAUCAUAGGUAGGAGACUAAAACAAUAAAAAAGAUAAUU